AUGAAUACAGUCAGCCAGGAUGUGCCCAUCAGCCUGAAGCGGUCACUGCCCUCGAUGGCGUACAACGGCGACUUCGGACGGGCCUGGUAUCCAGGCGGAGGGUUGCCACCGCUGCCUCCACUGCCGGUUGACAAUACUUUGGCCGGCCGGCCUCUUGAGUUGGGCAGACCGCGUCACGAGCCUCUGGCAGAUCGGCCCGGCCUCUUCAACGAUGAUCCUCGAUCAGGCCUGCAUCAGAGCGCUCCGGUUCCGGUCGGCUAUACCGACAUCAAGUCAGCCUAG